AGAGAGAGAGAGAAGCAAGAGAGAGACAGAGAGAGGCACAUAGAGAGAUAGGAGAGAGAAAGGGAACGACAGAGAUAGAGAGAGAGUCCGUUAAUUUCUGUUAGUAUAUAUGAAUGAGAGAGGGGCAACAAUGGUGUCCGACCAGGACAUAGCCGAAGCAUUGGAGUCUCUCCUUCGCGAAGCAAACCCUAACACCACCUUAACCUCCCUAAACGGUGUCGUUCAGCAGUUGGAGUCGAAGCUAGGGUUAGUCCUAACCCACAAGGUCGACUUCAUCCGUAACCAGAUCCAGCUCCUCCUCCGUCCUCAACCCACGCCGCCGCCACCGCCACAACACCACCACCUCCACCACCACCUCCACCCCCACCCUUCAAAAGACCAUUUUGCCCUCCAACAGAACCCUAAUUUCCACGCCGCUUCGUCCCAGCUGCCUCCCAAUUUCGCCCUCCAACGCCCCGACGAGUUCGGUUUCCGGCCACCGCAACCACAAGUGGUGUCGAAAACUGAAGCCUUCGUCACUGAUGUCGCCACCCCGGCCACCGCUGCACCCGACGCCCCUGCUGAAGCCCCCAAAGAGAGUGUUAAAACAGGAAAGAAAAGGAGAGGUGGACCAGGGGGUUUGAACAAACUUUGUGGUGUUUCACCAGAACUUCAGGCCAUUGUUGGCCAACCAGAAAUGCCAAGGACUGAGAUUGUGAAGCAGCUGUGGGCGUACAUAAGGAAAAACAAUCUUCAGGAUCCAAGUAAUAAAAGGAAGAUAAUUUGCAAUGAUGAGCUUCGUUUGGUAUUUGAGACUGACUGUACUGAUAUGUUCAAGAUGAAUAAGUUGCUAGCUAAACACAUUAUCCCUCUUGAGCCUACAAAACAAGUAGGUCAAAAUUCUAAGAAAUUGAAGGUAAAUGUGGAAUCUGGAACUGAAACUACUGAAUCUGUUCCAGUUGUGAUAAUAUCUGAAGCACUAGCAACUUUUUUUGGUACUGAUGGAAGGGAGAUGCUGCAAUCGGAAGUUCUAAGGCAUGUUUGGGAGUACAUAAAGGUCAAUCAACUGGAGGAUCCUCUAAAUGCUAUGGUAAUACAAUGUGAUGCAAAACUUCAAGAGCUGUUUGGAUGCCAAAGCAUUUCUGCACUGGGGAUAUCUGAGAUGUUAGCACGUCAUCAUCUAUUUAAGAGAUCGUGACAACUGAUCAUGCUGACUGAUAUAUGGUGUUCAUGCUAACUUUGUUUCGACGUUGUAUCAAAUACUUUCUGGGGGCAGUUCAUUUGGCUUCUCUGCUGUGAUUGCUUAGAUGUCAUGUUCUCUGCUUAACUGGGUAAGUUAUGACUAGAAUGAAAAUGUAUCAUGGAUACUGUGGAGUCUUAUGCUGUAGUUGACACCACAGUCCAAGGUCUAUGGUUAUCUUAUUUCGCAUCGUAGGAUACAUUUUCUGUUGGGAGUUUAUAUAACACUUGUAAAAUGCAGACCAUAGGAGAACAAGGGAAAUGUAAGAGAUAAUUAACUUUUUUGCUGGUCGCAAAAGACUAUAUUGACUUGAGAUCAGAAGAUUUGCAGCCUAUAAGUUGUAUGUCAAUUUUUAGGGUA